UUAACUCGACACAAACAAAAGGCGGUGCGCUCAUGGGAGUUUAUUCUGACUUCAUACAACUUUUGUUCUCAUUUAAUUACAAAAAUUGUGGGAUCUGAAGAGUUUUCAGGAGAUUCAUGACUGGAAACGUCAGCGAACUUUUGAGGAAAAUGCUUCUCCUGUUUGCUUUGCUCUGUUGUUCGUGGAAUCCCGUUGUUUUUGUUUUGCAGGAGUGUUUGGUGAUAUAGACGCAGUGAAGUCAGUGUCAGUGAUGGAGGGAGAUUCAGUCCUUCUAAAGCCUGGUGUUGCUGAACUACCGAGAAAUAAGAUACUGUGGAGGUUUGGAGAUCAACGUGCUCUCAUAGCUCUCAUAGAUGCCGGUCAGAUCUCAUUAUUUGAUGGUCCUGAUGGGAUUUUCACAGACAGACUGAAGCUGGAUCAUCAGACUGGAUCUCUGACCAUCAACAACAGCAGAACCUCAGACUCUGGACCUUAUGAAGUAAACGCCAAGGGAGGGGCAGGAGACCAAGUCAGGGAAUUUAAUCUUACCGUCUAUUCCCGUCUGCCUGUUCCUGCCAUCACCAGAGACUCCUCACAGUGUUCAUCAUCAUCAUCAUCAUCAUCAAACUGUUCCCUGGUGUGUUCAGCUGUGAAUGUGAACCAUGUGGCUCUCUCCUGGUACAAAGGAAACAGUUUAUUGUCCAGCAUCAGUGUGUCUGAUCUCAGAAGCAGCAUCUCUUUACAUCUGGAGGUGGAAAAUCAGGAUAAAAACACCUACAGCUGUGUGCUGAACAAUCCCAUCAGCAACCAGACCAAACAUCUGGACAUCAAUCAACUCUGUCAACCAUGUCCAGAAAUCUACAGUUGUGGUUUUACUGAACCUGUGACCCGAUUGGUCAUCACUGCUCUGGUGGGUGUGGCUGCUGUUGCUUUUGUGGUUUAUGACAUCAGAUCCAGAGAUGCAAAGUAGCAGAGGAGAGAACAGACCUCGAUGAUAAAUCAUACUGUAAAAUCUGAAGAAUAACGUUUCUAUUUCAUUUCAUACAUAUGCUUCAUAAUCAACAUAUUUUAGUCACAUUAUUCAAGCAUUUAAUAAUUUAAUAGCAUUUUAGAAAUGCUUCAGCUUCAUUUAACAAUUGCUUACGUUUUUAUUAGAAAAACACAUAUUUAAAAUACAUAUUAGAAAAGACCAAACAUUUUAAGAGGCACAUUUCUGGGUAAAGCACAUGGGUCUGUGCCUCCAUAGAUCCCUUCCAAUGCCUCGAGCCCCAGGAUGGCCAAAGCGUUCCCUUCCUUGCAGUCAGAGGAGGAGCAGAACUGGUACCUCCAACAGUCUUAUUUGCUUCUUUUUUUCAUGCUGCAACCCUCCGCUUUGUGACACUUGCACAGCAAAAUCCCCAGAGUUAAAUCAACUCUGCUCAGAGAACAUAUGGUCCCUCUCUACACAGAGUUAAAAUAACACUGAAGCAAAGUUAAAGUUAAUGAGAUAAUAUACUUUUUGUGGAGUUGUUUAUUCAGAUCUUGAGAUAUUUAACGUCUUUUAUCUUCAGUUGAUUACAUUUAAGGCUGUGGCUGGAAGUCAUUUGUAGUUAUUGUGUUUCUCUUCAGUGAUUCUGCUUGUUAACAGCAGGUGUUCAUCACUAAUGCUCAAUCAUAACUUAAUUAAUCACUUAAGUAUCUCAUUAGCUUUAACUCUGCUUCAGUGUUACUUUAACACUAUAUAGAGAGGGACCAUAUGUAAUCUGAGCAGAGUUGAUUUAACUCUGGGGAUUUUGCUGUGUGCAAUGUUCCCCCCACUUAUUUCUGGUUUCAUUGGACGAUUUUAAAAGGAUUUUAAAGGACUUGGAGACAGAAACAUCGAGCUGAAGUUGUUUUGACUAGUUAUGUAUUGAUAUUCUUUUUCAUUGAAUAUUUUAUCGAUUUAAUUUGCUUGUGUGUGUGUGUAUGUAUGUAUGUAUGUAUGGAUGUUAUCUGUUAGUUGUUAAACCCACAUGAGCUGUGUUACUGUCAAUCUUGGCCAGGACACUCUUGUAAAAGAGAUUUUUUAUCUCAAUGUGCUUUUCCUGGUAAAAUAAAGGUUAUAAUAAUAGUG